AUAAAAACAACAAACAUUUUUGUGAUAUAUUCAAAAAUCCUGCAAUCAUCUUUUAACAUGCUGUGGUUCGACAAUAUGUAUUCGGAGCACCCAACCUCAUUUUAUGUCAAAUCCCACGCAGUAUAUUUUUAGUACUCAAUAAGAACCAGAGGAUGCUGAUGAGGGCUGUUGCCAACAGAGCAGCAUAAAGGACAGCAAAUAGCAGCUAAUGUUUUAUACCAGUCUGCCGUAGAAAACAUCAGCAGCGAGCUGAAUGGGACCACAGAGACCGCCUGAUGCUUAACAAAAAGAGGGUGGUUCUGUCCAUCUCCAAUGGUCUCACCACCUAGCACAAACGUCACAGCAGGAGCAGAGACGUCCCCCUCACCCCAUCAGACCCUCAGCCUCCUGACUAUAGUACUAUUAUAGUUCAAGCAAAGGCUACUUGUUGGUGAUUUACAAAGGCUGCACAGUUCAAGCCUUUGGAUGGCAUUUCUGCCCCUCACUACUCAUUUUCUUUUGGGUUUUGUCUUCAGUCGAGACGAUGGAACUGCUUGUAGUUUUUGCACUUCUCUGUCUGUGCUGCUGGACAUCUUUUUACUUCAUUUUGUGCACCAUCAACGGGUCCAGGAGCUACGAAUGGAACUGUCGCCUCGUCACUUUGGUGCAUGGCAUCGUUGCGGUUUGCAUCACAGCGUACAUAGGAUACAUAGAUGGACCGUGGCCGUUCACUUACCCAGGCACCAAGAACACCCCUCUACAGAUAAGUGCCUUGAUGAUCAGUUUGGGCUACUUCAUCUUUGACAUGGCCUGGUGUGUGUUCUUCCGCACUGAGGGAGCCAUCAUGCUGGCCCACCACACCAUGAGCAUCCUGGGAAUCCUGCUGACCCUGUGGUUGGGCGAGUCUGGCAUCGAGGGUUGCGCUGUUCUCUUCGGCAGCGAAAUCACCAACCCCCUCUUGCAAACACGCUGGUUCCUCAAGCAGACGGGACACUACGAGACUCGGCUCGGGGACGCUGUGGACGUCCUGUUCGUGCUGCUGUUUGUUGUGAUGCGAAUCUUUGUGGGAGGCACAAUGCUGUACUGUGAGCUGAUCUCCCCAAGACCCAGAUUCUUCAUCAAGUGUGGAGGAGUGGCCAUGUAUGCUCUGUCCUGGGCCUUCAUGGUGGACAUUGUUCGCUUCACAAUACGGAAGAGCAAGAGUUGGCAAAAACAGAGAGUCCGAAAGGAGAUGGUCACAGCUAAUGGUCAUGAUGGGAAGAUGGACUAACUGGCAUCUGAGUCUUUAGAUAAAAUCUGUGUACCUGACUUCAUAUCAGUUUUUUACUGUAGACUUCAAUAGUUCUUAUACAGGAAGAUCAAAUUCCUGCACUGAUAGAUUGAUAAAAGGGUCUUGUUUACCAUUUAUUGAAGUCUAAAAUGUGUGUAUUUUGUAAGACCUUAAGUUUAUUUAAACUUCUUUGUACCAGAAAACUGUUACUUCAAAGGUGCAAACAACACAUUCGUAAUGAUCACUGAAAACCAAAGCACUUUUAUAGAAGCAGUCAAGUUUCAAACAUCAAUCCAGAGCAAAACCUUCAGAUAACUUUUUUUCAUGUGCAGAGAAAUGUUUGUAACAUAGUUUUACACUGACAAUGCUGGGUACUUAUACUUCACCUGCUUUUUGUCUAAGGGAGAAUUACCCUGAAAUAUUUUUUGAAGUUUUAUUCCUAAACGUCUUUGGAAAACAGUUUUUAGUUGCAAUGAAGCAAAACAGGAUAGCUAAUUUGGACAAAUAGUAUUUUGUUCUAAUAUGUUCCAGUUCAUUUGCACUGAAUAUUUGUUUAAACGUCAGGUUUCUUUAUUGUUUGCCAAUAGUUGAAAUUAUUGCAAACCAUGUGUCAGAAUUUGAUUUCAGUUACUUUUUAACACCUCCGCUCUGUUGGUGAAUCUUUACAAGAAGCAGCUUCUGUCUGCAAAAUACAAGAUAUGGGAUAUAGUAUAAGGUCUGAGCGUACAGCACUGUCCCAUGCCAAGGAAGGUAAACGAGCCAUAGGCAUAGAUGUUGUUAAAAAUUGUUAUCUUUGUCCUGAGGAAUAUAAUCAUGAACUAUUCUGUUGCAUUGCUGCUGUUUGUUAAAAAGUAGCUUGUUUGUUUGUCUCCUGAUAAUAUCACACAUUAUUAAACUUUACAAACUGCCUCUGUCAAAGGUACAAACAUAACUGCUCUGUGCCUUAUCUAAAUGCACUGCCCUUUGUUUUUGUUUUACUCUUGUGCUGUAGUCUGAACGCUCCGACAAUAGACUGUAC